AUGCUGGGUGCAUGGUCCUUUAGCGGGCUCAAAGCCCCACAGCGGGAGAGAGACGGCGACCCUGGCACUGACCUGUGUGCGAGUGUGAAACACAUGGUUGUCUGCCAAAGUGGCUAUUUACAUAACACUCUCAGGCCAGGGUGAUAAGGCUCUUUCCGUUAGUGCAUUUAAUGCAUAUGAAACGACCCUCUGCAAUGUAAUGGCUACUAGCUAGCUACGGUACCUGCCUUUUUAAUUUUUGUCAAACUGAGUAGUUCUUAAAAUGUCCUCUCUGUCUUCUGUGACAGUCCCUGUGCAUCGCUCUAAUCUGUCCCCCUUCUCUUCCUGUCCCCUACAGGAAGUCUAAGACGAAGCCCAAUGGGAAGAAGCCGCCAGCGGAAGAGAAGAAGCAGUAUCUGGAGGCGGAGUUCACGAAAGUACGCGUGGUCGACUUCGACCUCAAAGAGCUGGUGGUGCUGCCCAGGGAGAUAGACCUCAACGAAUGGCUCGCAAGCAACAGUGAGUUAGCAGCAGCUAAUAACACUGAUAAAACAUAUUUGGGUCGUGUUGAGCUUCCACUCGUCUUUCCGGACACAAGAUGCUUUCAGAAAAGUUAAACACUUGACAGAUUACUUGAAUAUUUCCUCAGUAUUCAGGCAUCUGGAUUUCUGCCUUACCAGAGUGUGUCUUCAAUAACAGCACUGCACUGUAGCUAAAUCCUCAAGACAUUUAUCUCCAGGUGCAGCUCCUUAUGUUAUGGGCAAUUCCACAGUAACAGAGUGACAGACUUCAGAUUUUGUACUUUUUCAAAUGUAUAUCAAAAACCAAUGAUUGCAAAGUUAAACAAACCAUACAACUAUAUGCACAAGGACUACUUUCAGCAAUUUCCACUGAAACUUUUACAAAUACAAAAUGUUCAGUGGAAAUUGUUCAAAGUAGUCCUUCUACAGAGAGUUGUAUGGUUUGUUUAACUUUGCAAUCAUUGGUUUUUGUUUGACAUACUUUUAAAAUGUAAAUGUCUUUCUGUUACCUUGGAAUUGCCCAUAUACAAUAGCUCGAUAGGAACAACAUUAUCUCAGGGGUUCCAGUCAUCUCCGGCAUCUCCAUCUUAGACAUCUCCUCUGGAAGUGUCUGAACCCCUGUAAUGCCCUGCAGGCUGAGACAGCAGAAUAUUCCAUCCAGACUAUUGACAAUCCACUGCCUGUUCUAUACAGUGCCUUUUUAUCUAGUGCCUUCUCCUCAAACAGUUAACUAUCAUCUUAAACAUAUUAUACAAUAAAAUAUAUUGUUGAUACUUUAGUCAUCUUUGGCAUCUUCUCUAGUGGCUUGUGAAGCCCUGUAAAACCCUGCGUCCUCAGUGCGGAUUGUUUUAUCAGCCUUCGUGUGAGGGGGACUACACAGGGUUUAUUUAGUUUGUCUCUCAGGGCUUGUUUUGGAGACUGCGCAACCUGCCAGGUGCUCUCCAGAGGGAGAUGGAAAGAGCCUUCCUUUUUUUAGCUUUAUGUAAAACAAAUGGAACGUGUUUUCGCCUGCGAAGGCAGUUUCCGCUGUGAAAUCAGGGAGUUGCGCAACAAGGCCAAGCCCUGUCCGUAUCGAUUCGUAUCAACCACUAAUCAGGUUUGUUUUUGAACACAACAACGCUCGUCUUAUCAAUGUUUUGGUUAUGUUAACUGUCUGUUAACAGCAUUGAAUGAUACGUAAGGUUGGCCACAAACAAACAUAGCAAAGAAGAAGCAUGAGAAACAUACAAAGAAGUUGCCUUGCGGCAAAAAUGAUGGUUAUGAAUGGAGUCAACAGUACCUCCAACCUCCUCCCCCUCUCUCUGCUUUAUACCUGGGGUUGAACAUGUACACUACUGUUCAAAACGUUGUCUGUGCAGAUUAACAUAGCUGGUGCUCCGAAGGGACAGAUGUUGUCCCAUUCACUGUAAGCAUCACACUGCAAAAUUACUGUUCAAGAACAGUAAUUACUUGGAUCAAACAGCUUACAUAUCAAAUACUUGGAAGCAGCAGCCUAACUAUUUGAAAGUAGAUGUAUGUAUGUAGGCUAUUUGACCAAGGCUAGGUCUAGAGCAGACUCAUUACUGAGUGUAAUAAUGAGUGUAUUACUCUUCUUUCCCUUCAGCAACGACCUUCUUCAAUCUUAUAAACCUGCAGUACAGCACCAUCUCCGAGUUCUGCACUGGGGACACCUGUCAAGCCAUGACAGCCUGCAACACGUAAGCCAUCUCCCCCACCAUUGGUUUAUUCAUCAGUGCUCGGCCUCCCAUUGGGUUAUUUAUCAGAUGUCUUGCAUCCCGUUGGAUAAUUUACGAAGGGUGCUUUGACACGGCAAAAGACAGACCAUCUCUUGAUAGCAGGAGAGCUUCUGACCGCAGGGCUGUACUCACUGUUACCCCUGACUUUCUGUUUUGUGUUCCUUCUCUCUCCCUGUCUGUUCUGUAAAGUGGAGGGCUGUAGAGCUAUCUAAUGCUAGUGAGAGAAUGUCGGAAUGUAGGUUAUGCUGUGAGCCUUCUCCAAAUCGCAUGAGCCUUUCUGAGGUGCCUUGUGUUCCUAGCUGGACUGGUGCAUAGUGAGGUCUCUGUACUUAGAACACAGAGUUCCUAGAUAGAGGUCCAAGAUCUAAUGGUUCUGAGAAGCUGAUGGAGAUCUGGCCAUAUUGUUUGUGUUCCAUUGCCAAGUAAACUGGAGGGGGCUAUCCAGCUAAUAGUUCUGGUCACUCUCAGAAAAUCCUGUUGAAUAUGUAGGACUUUCCAUGUGCGCCAUGACAUGAGUCAUCACUAUACCAUGCAUCCGUCCCCUGAUGGUUUUAGCUCAGAAGUUACCAAACAGUCUUAAAAUGACACCUUCAGCCGUAGUUGUUCAUAAAGGAAUGCCUUUACUCUGUACAAAGAGCUAUCUACAGUUACUGUUUGUCUACCCCCAUACAAAGGCAGAGCAUACACUUACAGUAGUCAGAGUCAAAGACCGUCAUAACAUGGAGGCCUAUUCAUCCCUGUCUAGCAGAGGGGAGGAGAUUGACUGUAAGUAUUUACCCAACGAGUUGACCCUGUCAGGGCGGGGUGCCGUUUUCAUGUGUGAGCCCUUGUCUUUGGAAAGAGGCCCUCCUCGCCUGUGUAUACUUAGGGCUGGAAAAACCAGGUCCCCCACAUUUAGGCUAAACCACACUGUGUGUGUGUGUGUGUGUGUGUGUGUGUGUGUGUGUGUGUGUGUGUGUGAAAAAUGACAGUGACAGAGCGAAAGCAAACAAUAGAGAAGCCGUUGAGGAAUGACAGGCCUGUGACAGAAUUGUUGUCAGGUGGCCUUGUCGAGAACCAUGCUUCCCUAAAACGGGAAGCCUGGGGAAGUUCAUGGCAGAAAAAUAGCUAAAUAUUGGUGGAGACCCGGUGUAAAUCGGUGAGGCCUUGCAACACGUCAAACCAAUCAAAUGCCUUGCUUGGGCAGAACUCCAAUAGUGCUCACUGGAUUAGUGUUGUAGGUACAACAGUGCAUUCGGAAAGUAUUCAGACCGCUUCACUUUUUCCACGUUACGUUAUAGCCUUAUUCUAAAAUUGAUUAAAUUGUUUUUUCCCCUCAUCAAUCUACAAACAAUACCCCAUAGUGACAAAGCAAAAACAGCUUUUUAGAAAUAUCCAAUUUACAUUAGUAUUCAGACCCUUUACUCAGUACUUUGUUGAAGCACCUUUGGCAGCGAUUACAGCCUCGAGUCUUCUUGGGUAUGACGCUACAAGCUUGGCACACCAGUAUUUGGGGAGUUGCUCCCAUUCUUCUCUGCAGAUCCUCUCAAGCUCUUUCAGGUUGGAUGGGGAGUGUCGCUGCACAGAUGUUCGAUUGUGUUUAAGUCCGGGUUCUGGCUGGGUUCUUGUCCCGAAGCCACUCCUGCGUUGUCUUGGCUGUGUGCUUAGCGUCGUUGUCCUGUUGGAAGGUGAACCUUCGCCCCAGUCUGAGAUCCUGAGCGCUCUGGAGAAGGUUUUCAUCAAGGAUCUCUCUGUACUUUGCUCCGUUCAUCUUUCUCUCGAUCCUGACUAGUCUCCCAGUCCCUGCUGCUGAAAAACAUCCCCACAGCAUGAUGCUGUUCUCCCAUCUCCACAGAGGAAUUAUGUAGCUCUGUUAGCAUGACCAUCGGCUUCUUGGUCACCUCCCUGACCAAGGCCCUUCUCCCCUGAUUGCUCAUUUUGGCCGGGCGGCCAGCUCUAGGAAGAGUCUUGGUGGUUCCAAACUUCUUCCAUUUAAGAAUGAUGGAGGCCACUGUGUUCUUGGGGACCUUCAAUGCUGCAGACAUUUUUUGGUACCCUUGCCCAGAUCUGUGCCUCGACACAAUCCUGUCUCGGAGCUCUACGGACAAUUCCUUCGACCUCAUGGCUUGGUUUUUGCUCUGACAUGUAUUGUCAACUGUGGGACCUUUACAGUGAAGAAAAAAAGUAUUUGAUCCCCUGCUGAUUUUGUACGUUCGCCCACUGACAAAUAAAUUAUCAGUCUAUAAUUGUAAUGGUAGGUUUAUUUGAACAGUGAGAGACAGAAUAACAACAAACAAAUCCAGAAAAACUCAUGUCAAAAAUGUUAUAAAUUGAUUUGCAUUUUAAUGAGGGAAAUAAGUAUUUGACCCCCUCUCAAUCAGAAAGAUUUCUGUCUCCCAGGUGUAUUUUAUACAGGUAUCGAGCUGAGAUCAGUAGCACACUCUUAAAGGGAGUGCUCCUAAUCUCAGCUUGUUACCUGUAUAAAAGACACCUGUCCACAGAAGCAAUGAAUCAAUCAGAUUCCAAACUCUCCACCAUGGCCAAAACCAAAGAGCUCUCCAAGGAUGUCAGGCACAAGAUUGUAGACCUACACAAGGCUGGAAUGGGCUACAAGACCAUCACCAAGCAGCUUGGUGAGAAGGUGACAACAGUUGGUGCAAUUAUUCGCAAAUGGAAGAAACACAAAAGAACUGUCAAUCUCCCUCUGCCUGGGGCUCCAUGCAAGAUCUCACCUCGUGGAGUUGCAAUGAUCAUGAGAACGGUGAGGAAUCAUCCCAGAACUACACGGAAGGAUCUUGUCAAUGAUCUCAAGGCAGCUGGGACCAUAGUCACCAAGAAAACAAUUGGUAACACACUACGCCGUGAAGGACUGAAAUCCUGCAGCGCCCGCAAGGUCCCCCUGCUCAAGAAAGCACAUAUACAGGCCCAUCUGAAGUUUGCCAAUGAACAUCUGAAUGAUUCAGAGGAGAACUGGGUGAAAGUGUUGUGGUCAGAUGAGACCAAAAUGGAGCUCUUUGGCAUCAACUCAACUCGCCGUGUUUGGAGGAGGAGGAAUGCUGCCUAUGACCCCAAGAACACCAUCCUCACGUCAAACAUGGAGGUGGAAACAUUAUGAUUUGGGGGUGUUUUUCUGCUAAGGGGAUAGGACAACUUCACCGCAUCAAAGGGACGAUGGACGGGGCCAUGUACCGUCAAAUAUUGGGUGAGAACCUCCUUCCCUCAGCCAGGGCAUUGAAAAUCGGUCGUGGAUGGGUAUUCCAGCAUGACAAUGACCCAAAACACACGGCCAAGGCAACAAAGGAGUGGCUCAAGAAGAAGCACAUUAAGGUCCUGGAGUGGCCUAGCCAGUCUCCAGACCUUAAUCCCAUAGAAAAUCUGUGGAGGGAGCUGAAGGUUCGAGUUGCCGAAUGUCAGCCUCGAAACCUUAAUAACUUGGAGAAGAUCUGCAAAGAGGAGGGGGACAAAAUCCCUCCUGAGAUGUGUGCAAACCUGGUGGCCAACUACAAGAAACGUCUGACCUCUGUGAUUGCCAAAAAGGGUUUUGCCACCAAGUACUAUGUCAUGUUUUGCAGAGGGGUCAAAUACUUAUUUCCCUCAUUAAAAUGCAAAUCAAUUUAUAACAUUUUUGACAUGCUUUUUUCUGUUUUUUGUUGUUGUUAUUCUGUCUCUCACUGUUAAAAUAAACCUACCAUUAAAAUUAUAGACUGAUCAUUUCUUUGUCAGUGGGCAAACGUACAAAAUCAGCAGGGGAUCAAAUACUUUUUUCUCUCACUGUAUAUAGACAGGGGUGUGCCUUUCCAAAUCAUGUCCAAUCAAUUGAAUUUACCACAUGUGGACUCCCAAGUUUUAGAAACAUCAAGGUUAAUCAAUGGAAAUGGGAUGCUAAAUUUCGAGUCUUAUAGUAAAGGGUCUGAAUACUUACGUAAAUAAGGUAAUUCUGUUUCUUAUUUUUAAUACAUUUGCAAAAAUUUAGAACAAGCUGUUUUUGCAUGAUGGGGUAUUGUGUGUAGAUUGAUGAGGAAAAAAUCAUUGAAUCCAUUUUAGGCUGUAACGUAACAAAAUGUGGAAAAAGUCAAGGGCCUGAAUUCUUUCCGAAUGCACUGUAUAUGAAAAAAAAAAAAACGUUUUAAAAUGUCGACCAAUUGUUGGUCGAAAGAACAGACGACUCUUGGUCGACACAUUUUUUUGGGGUCGGGCACAGACCUAAAUAUUGUAAUGAAAUGCAAUUCCAAUACGCAAACCCCAUGAACCCGGAUGCUCCCAGUGUUUCUAAGGAGGAUUGUAGUCGUAGGCUGUAACAGCUGUGGAGACGUGCAGUCCGUUAGUCAGUCAGCCGGUCAGUCUAAUGGUGUGCCACAGUUACAGCACCCCGCCCUUUUCCUGCCUCUCUGGCUGGCACGCACCCACCCCACAACAAAGUCCCAGUCAAUUCCUCCUACCCCAGGCACUGCAAAACGCGCUAUUUUAGGAGAAAACUUUCCAUGAUCUAUGGGAACAGGCCCAUUUGGUAGUCAUUUAUGCCCAUUUUAUGUGGGUGGGUGAAUGGACGGGUGGGUGUGUUUUUUUUGUUUUUUUUGUGGGCUAAUGACGUCUGUCUUUUUUGGCAUGUUUGCCAGUCUUUGUAAGGUUGUCUGUGUGUGUGUGUGUGUGUGUGUGUUAUCCUGUUGUACUCUCCUCAGUGUGGAGUCCCUGGCCUGGUGCUUGUCUUGUGGUCAGUAGGGUCCUCCUGCAGGGUCAGUUAUCUGGACGCUCUACAUUCCUCAGGAUUUGUAAUGUCUGCCCUACUGCCUGCCAGACCGAGACCACGCCAUGCUGCUAUUGCUAACUCAACUAUCCCAGUUUGCAAAAUUGGUUGAACUUUUCAACCAAAAAUAUGUAUUUUCAACGUCUUGUGCUCAUGGGGAUUCUGCUACGCCGGCUAAGGCACGCUUGGCGUACUCCGCUAGUUCACUUACCUAUACUGCUACAAUUUCUAGCUUGUUUCAGUCAGACCUUUGUUCAAAAGCAAUUAGCCUUGUUUGUAGCUUGACCUUGGUAAAUCCCACAGACCAUGCCAUCUCUGCUCUACGGCUCAUUUGGAGCCUGUGCUAGAUUGGUAACCCCUCUAGUUUUGUCAGCCUGUCAGCUACCAUACACUGCUAGCCUCGUUAGCUAAUGGCUAUACCACUGUUAGCUCUGUUUCCCUGUUGCUUUAGCCGUGCUAGCUUUGACCUUGCUCACUCCUAGAUGUGAGUUCUCUUAUUUGGUUAUGUGGUGCCUGGCCAUACUGAUGUGCAGUUUAUGACCCCUUUAGCUCUCAUACCCAGCUAGCUUCACUCUCACGCUACUAGCGCCAGUACAGUAUUCCCUGGUAGCCUGUGUCAUGCUAGCCAUGCUAUCUUAGUUUGGUGACUUCACUGACUUGCAAUUUGACCUUGCUAACUCAUGACUACCGUGGCUAGCCCUGAGGGGUUGCCUUCAGUUACAGCCAUUGUCUAACUGGGUCACCCCUCUCCGGAAAUGUUUGACCAGUCAGUGCGAGCACCGCGCAACCAGGGGAUCAGUAUCGUGUCACUCCGAGACUGCAGGGAAUUCGGCCCAAACAGGAAAUGAAACGGGCAUGGGGUUCAUUUAAGUCCACUGGAAUGAAAAUAUGCAAACAUGUCUAUGUUAGAAGGUGGUGGGGUUGGCUGGUCCUGCACUGGGCUGGAGGCCUGUCUGACAGGUUCACACGCAUACACACAUACACAGUUCAAUCAUUCAUCACGUUGGGUUAAAGGUCCCGACGGUCACACCCGAUCCCCUUAAUAGUCCCAUCUCCUGAAUCCAAGUGUUUGACAUGGGGGAGGGGACCAGUAACUUUAUGAUCAAACUUUAUCAACGUAGAAGCAACAUUCAUUUGUCAUACUUUGGUCAUCUAUGCUUUGAUCUGGUUUCAUCCAAAUAUCAUCCGAUGUCAUGUAAUACAUGAUUUUGACUGUUCAUGACCUUUCAAAGGAAUUUUGGUCUUGUUUCUAGAUGAGGAAAUGCUGUGAAUGUGGGGGCUGUCACAUAGGGUUUGUGUGUUUCACCUUUCAACAUAAUGAUGUGAAUGAUUCAGCCAUUUUCAGUUUCUGGAAAAGCACACCAUGCAGUGUAAGGAAGCUGCCUCGCUCUUUCAGGUUGUUCCUUUUCAAGAUCAGAUGACUUAAUAACAUACUAGGCAAAGUAAUAAUAGACUAGAUCUUGUUCAUUUUUAUUUCCUGGGGCCACCCAUAUGAAAAAUGUAUGCAUGCAUGACUGUAAGUCGCUUCGGAUAAAAGCGUCUGCUAAAUGGCAUUUAUUAUUAUUAUUAUUAUUAUUAUUAUAUUAUGUAUGUAAAUGGUGGAAUGGCGUAGAAAAAUAACCCGCUGUCUUUCUGUUUGUGUCCAGAAUAUACUACUGGUAUGACGAGAGGGGAAAGAAGACUAAGUGCACUGCCCCUCAGUACGUCGACUUCGUCAUGAGUCUGGUGCAGAAGCUGGUCACAGACGAGGACAUCUUUCCUACGAAAUAUGGUGAGUUAAGCUCUGGUCCACAUCUGCAGCGCCUCGCUGUGGUCAGUCUGCAGCACUGCAGCCUCUCUGGUUCUGACAUCAAACUGAAGCUGGGGCUUUGUGAACCGUGCCACUGCUGCCCUCUACUGUCUCAAGUAGUAAAGUGUUUAAUGUUUUUUGGCACUUCAUAGCUGUCUUAGCAUUGUGAUAGUAGCUUCUUUAUAUCAGAAUGGCGAUGCUAGCACCAAUUAAAACAUACCAAAUGAUUUCUAAAUUGCUCUUUCCCCCUCUUCUCUCCUCUCUCUCUCCUUCCCCCUCUUCUCUCCUCUCUCUCCUUCCCCCUCUUCUCUCCUCUCUCUCCUUCCCCCUCUUCUCUCCUCUCUCUCUCCGUGCAGGCAAAGAGUUCCCCAACGCGUUUGAGGCGUUGAUAAAGAAGAUCUGCAGGUAUCUGUUCCACGUCCUGGCUCACCUCUUCUGGGCGCACUUUAAGGAGACAGUGGCCCUGGAUCUACAGGGCCACUUGAACACACUGUAUGCACAUUUCAUUGUUUUCGUAAGGGAAUUCAACCUGGUCGACCCCAAGGAGACCUGUAUCAUGGACGACCUGUCCGAAAUCCUCUGCGCCCCCGCGCCCCCAGCGCCCGCCGCCCCUUCCUCCCCCACCUCGGCCCCCUCCCCUUCUUCACACAACCAUGUGACGGAGAGAUGAGCAGGGGUUUCCGCGACAAGCAGCCCCGGGAGGAAGAUGGUAGAGGAGAGAUGGAAACAGAACGCCUGGUCCCCUUCCUAGACCUCUGGCUUCAGCAGCAGGACCUGGAGACCUUCCACUAUCCUUAUAUUUCGCUAUGACGCCAGCCAGCCGGAAGGAUCCAGGGGGGAGGGUUUUUUGGG